ACAUGUGUUGGAGUCGGUACCGGCCUCCUCACCGACCACAGGCUGCAACGAGCGCGCAUGGAGAAGUACGAGCAGGUGUUGUGUUUGGGCAGGGGAGGCGCGGCGGACGUGUUCCUGAUGAGGCAUGUGGAGGGUAAGAGCCUGCACGCAGUGAAGAGGAUCAAGGUUGAGGACAAAAGGGCAGCAAAGACACAGAGGGCAAUUCUGCAGGAGGCCGAGAUCAUUAGGAGGUUAGAGCACCCUCAUGUGGUAAAAUGCCAAGAGGCCUUUGCCAACACUGAUGGAUAUAUUUACAUUGUGAUGACCUACUGUGAUGGGGGGACAUUAGAUGACAAAGUGAAAGAGAGGAAACCAAUGGAGUUUUUCACGGAGGAUACUGUGAUGGGAUGGUUUGUGCAGGUCGCUGUGGCUUUAAAUUACAUACACGGGGCUAAAAUACUUCAUAGGGACAUCAAAACAUCAAAUAUACUGCUCACAAAGCAAGGUGUUGUUAAGUUAGGGGACUUUGGCAUAUCCAGAGUAAUGACCAACACAGCUGAGAUGUCGUCCACAUGUGUUGGGACACCCAGCUACCUCAGUCCGGAGCUGUGCCAGGAUGUCCCGUACAGCUCCAAGUCUGAUAUCUGGGCUCUGGGCUGUCUGCUGUAUGAGAUAUGUGCUCUCAGACCUCCGUUUGCAGCCACAAAUCUCCUGAGUCUGUUCUACAAGAUCACCAAAGGAGAGUAUGAUCCCGUGCCCACCAGCUAUUCUGAUGACAUCUCCUCUUUGAUCCAGAGAAUGCUCUGCCUCAACCCAGAAAACAGGCCAACUGCUGCCUGUAUGCUCAACACUGCCUAUGUGCAAGACCACUUAGAGUCCAUCAAACACACAGUGCCCAGCUGUGUUCAUGUGAAAAGCUGUGACAUAAAUAAAGAAGAGAAAAACUCAGACACCACCCUACAGCCAGAUGUUCUCAGUCAGACCCACCCAUGGGAAGAAAAAGAGCACAACAUGGAGGCCGGUUCCAAUGAUGUGGAGGAGGAACAUGAUGUUUUGUUUGUUGGAGGACAAAACCACUGUGAUUAUCCUGAGGACUUUGAUGAAGAUGAAAGUUUGCCCUAUCUUGAGGAGCGCAGUGAGCACUUGAGGUCGCCAAUGAGGAGCGAUUCUGCUGAGCCUAUUGUAUUUUCAGAGGCUUCUGAUGUCUCAGAGCAAGAUGAAUAUCCAGAUGACUUUGAGGAAGCCGAUGUGGAAGAAGAAUAUGAGGAUGAAACAGCCUCAGUUCAUACUGCUGCUGCUGCCCAGCAUCCCCAUGACGAUGCAGUGGAGGAGGAGUUUCAGCUCUGUGACGCUGGAGGAUUGACCAUCACACUGAAAGCACUGAAGGAAAAGGGCUAA